GUUAGAGGUAGAGGUUAGAUUUUUUAUAUUGCAGUGAUUUUUGCAACCAAAAUAUAAAAUGAGUGUUUCUAAUAUCAUUAUAUCAUUAAACAGACUAUCACUCCAAUCUACACUGAAGAAAGCUGUUCUUAGCAGAAAUAUUAGCACAAGUUCUAAAGUGCAGUUUAAAGCCACUCCUGUAUUAUUGGCAGAACCUUUGAAGAAAAAGAAGAGAUUAGAUCCAGCAAUCAUAAGAGCAAGGGAAGAGAGGAGAAAGAAAAAAAUUGAGAAACAAAUCAGGAGGUUAGAAAAGAAUGCUAGACAACUUAAACCUAUUGAAGAAUGUGAAGUCCCUUUAACAAUUUUAGAUGAACGGGAUAAAAGGGAAAGAUAUUUACCAAAUCUAUCACCUGACGUAGUAGAAAAAAGGGCUACAUUGGAAAAACAGUGGUCUCAUUAUAAACGAGAAUUGCAUUUAGCAGAUUUGCAAAUAUUAGAUCGAAUUCUGUUUUCUCAACAAAAAGCGUUGGAUGAAUUACGUAAAGAAUCUGAAGAACUCUAUAAUGAGGCAAUUCAGCCGGAUUUCCAUCUGAUCCCUUUCAACAGUCAAGGUCCUGUAGAAACACCUCCAUUUAAAAAUUACGUUGCUCCUGAUGGUGAAUAUAUAGACAUUUCUAAAAAAUGGUAAAAAGUCUUGUACAAUUUCUAGAAAUAAACUUAAAUUUGUGUUUUAUUUA